UAUCGUAGCCGCUCAGAGAGGCCGGAACGACCACGGCGGCAUCGAAUGAAGCUUCGACCUGAGUCAGCUGUAUUGUUUCACACAUCGACUCAAGAUGAGCAUAGAAACGACCGUAAUCUUCAGCGUGGGCGGACCGACAUCUGGCUGAUACACUGUCGCGCAGUUUUUGAGGUUGACGCCACCGGUGAGCUGAAGCAAAACCCAGCCACUUGCAUGGGAAUCUCGCCACUCCGGUAACCUCACUACCUACUCACAGAGGAGCAGGUCGUGCUGUGUAUGGCGUUCGUGUGUGUGUCGGGUGACAUCGUUACCUCAAAGCUGAAGAACGCCGCUCAUAAUGUAGACGAACGUGAGAGAGUGAAAUGUGAAAGGGGAGGGGUUCCAGCACGCGUUUCAAUGCACUGCAGAGUACUUUUAUCUGUCCUACUUCAGGCGAAUUCCGUGGUAAUCCGCACAGGGGGGGGGGGAAUAAAUACACCCACACGCACACACACACACGCAAAGGUAAGAAGCCGAGGAGGAAGGAGAGGGUGGAGCGAGAAGAUCCAUACAAGUAGGCAACCUGGACGCCCAUGUCUGUAGCACGUCGCGGCACUGCGGUAGACGCACCGCUUUUUUCUUCUCUUUCGCUACGAGCAAAGGCGGGAAAUGAGCGAAAAAACUAUGGUGCCUUAUUUCCCCUCUCUUCUCGCAUGCGUGUCCCUACAAGUGCAGUGCCGUCUGGGCUGCCCUUCACACUCCUGCUGACGCACUGUGGCUGCCCCUCGGUAAGCGCUGCUUUCCUUCAUUUGUUUCUGUACCCUUCUACAUGAGCAAAGCUCAUCCCUUUCCUUAUUCCCCCCUCUUCCCUGUUCUUCAGAGGCUACACCCACGGUGCUUGCUGUCGCAUACUCUUGUGGAGAUCUGAUACGACUCAGCGAACAGCAUCGUGGAGACCAACUCAAGCGAGCAAGUCAUCUGUCUCUGAGUGCCUUUUCCUUU